AUGACCCCGGUGGCCGACGACAGAACAACCUACUGCGCCUGCUGCGUCUGUGUCUGUCGCUACAGCAGAACGACCUACUGCACCUGCUGCGAUCGACCUACUGCGCCUGCUGCGUCUGUGUCUGUCGCUACAGCAGAACGACCUACUGCACCUGCUGCGAACGACCUACUGCGCCUGUUGCGUCUGUGUCUGUCGCUACAGCAGAACGACCUACUGCGCCUGCUGCGUCUGUGUCUAUCGCUACAGCAGAACGACCUACUGCGCCUGCUGCGUCUGUGUCUAUCGCUACAGCAGAACGACCUACUGCGCCUGCUGCGUCUGUGUCUAUCGCUACAGCAGAACGACCUGCUGCGUCUGUAUCUAUCGCUACAGCAGAACGACCUACUGCGCCUGCUGCGUCUGUGUCUAUCGCUACAGCAGAACGACCUACUGCGCCUGCUGCGUCUGUAUCUAUCGCUACAGCAGAACGACAUACUGCGCCUGCUGCGUCUGUAUCUAUCGCUACAGCAGAACGAUCUACUGCGCCUGCUGCGUCUGUAUCUAUCGCUACAGCAGAACAACCUACUGCACCUGCUGCGAUCGACCUACUGCGCCUGCUGCGUCUGUCAGAACGACCUACUGCGCCUGCUGCGUCUGUGUCUAUUGCUACAGCAGAACGACCUACUGCGCCUGCUGCGUCUGUGUCUAUCGCUACAGCAGAACGACCUGCUGCGUCUGUAUCUAUCACUACAGCAGAACGACCUGCUGCGUCUGUAUCUAUCGCUACAGCAGAACGACAUACUGCGCCUGCUGCGUCUGUAUCUAUCGCUACAGCAGAACAACCUACUGCACCUGCUGCGUCUGUAUCUAUCGCUACAGCAGAACGACCUACUGCGCCUGCUGCGUCUGUAUCUAUCGCUACAGCAGAACGACCUACUGCGCCUGCUGCGUCUGUGUUUAUCGCUACAGCAGAACGACCUGCUGCGCCUGCUGCGUCUGUAUCUAUUGCUAGAGCAGAACGAUCUACUGCGCCUGCUGCGUCUGUAUCUAUCGCUACAGCAGAACAACCUACUGCGCCUGCUGCGUCUGUAUCUAUCGCUACAGCAGAAGCACCUGCUGCGUCUGUAUCUAUCGCUAGAGCAGAACAACCUACUGCGCCUGCUGCGUCUGUGUCUAUCGCUAGAGCAGAACAACCUACUGCGCCUGCUGCGUCUGUGUCUAUUGCUACAGCAGAACGACCUACUGCGCCUGCUGCGUCUGUGUCUAUUGCUACAGCAGAACGACCUACUGCGCCUGCUGCGUCUGUAUCUAUCGCUACAGCAGAACAACCUACUGCGCCUGCUGCGUCUGUAUCUAUCGCUACAGCAGAAGCGCCUGCUGCGUCUGUGUCUAUUGCUACAGCAGAACGACCUACUGAGCCUGCUGCGUCUGUAUCUAUCGCUACAGCAGAACGACCUGCUGCGUCUGUAUCUAUCGCUACAGCAGAACAACCUACUGCGCCUGCUGCGUCUGUGUCUAUCGCUACAGCAGAACGACCUACUGCGCCUGCUGCGUCUGUAUCUAUCGCUACAGCAGAACAACCUACUGCGCCUGCUGCGUCUGUGUCUAUCGCUACAGCAGAACGACCUGCUGCGCCUGCUGCGUCUGUAUCUAUCGCUACAGCAGAACGACCUGCUGCGUCUGUAUCUAUCGCUACAGCAGAACGACCUGCUGCGUCUGUAUCUAUCGCUACAGCAGAAGAACCUACUGCGCCUGCUGCGUCUGUGUCUAUCGCUACAGCAGAACGACCUGCUGCGUCUGUGUCUAUCGCUACAGCAGAACAACCUACUGCGCCUGCUGCGUCUGUGUCUAUCGCUACAGCAGAACAACCUACUGCGCCUGCUGCGUCUGUAUCUAUCGCUACAGCAGAACGACCUGCUGCGUCUGUAUCUAUCGCUACAGCAGAACAACCUACUGCGCCUGCUGCGUCUGUGUCUAUCGCUACAGCAGAACGACCUACUGCGCCUGCUGCGUCUGUGUCUAUCGCUACAGCAGAACAACCUACUGCGCCUGCUGCGUCUGUGUCUAUCGCUACAGCAGAACGACCUACUGCGCCUGCUGCGUCUGUAUCUAUCGCUACAGCAGAACGAUCUGCUGCGGCUGUGUCUAUCGCUACAGCAGAAUGACCUGCUGCGUCUGUAUCUAUCGCUACAGCAGAACGACUUGCUGCGCCUGCUGCGUCUGUAUCUAUCGCUACAGCAGAACGACCUGCUGCGCCUGCUGCGUCUGUAUCUAUCACUACAGCAGAACAACCUACUGCGCCUGCUGCGUCUGUAUCUAUCGCUACAGCAGAACGAUCUGCUGCGUCUGUGUCUAUCGCUACAGCAGAAUGACCUGCUGCGUCUGUAUCUAUCGCUACAGCAGAACGACCUACUGCGUCUGUAUCUAUCGCUACAGCAGAACGACCUGCUGCGCCUGCUGCGUCUGUGUCUAUCGCUACAGCAGAACGACCUACUGCGCCUGCUGCGUCUGUAUCUAUCGCUACAGCAGAACGACCUGCUGCGCCUGCUGCGUCUGUAUCUAUCACUACAGCAGAACAACCUACUGCGUCUGUAUCUAUCGCUACAGCAGAACGACCUGUUGCGCCUGCUGCGUCUGUAUCUAUCGCUACAGCAGAACGACCUACUGCGUCUGUAUCUAUCGCUACAGCAGAACGACCUACUGCGUCUGUAUCUAUCGCUACAGCAGAACGACCUACUGCGUCUGUAUCUAUCGCUACAGCAGAACGACCUGCUGCGCCUGCUGCGUCUGUAUCUAUCGCUACAGCAGAACGACCUACUGCGUCUGUAUCUAUCGCUACAGCAGAACGACCUACUGCGUCUGUAUCUAUCGCUACAGCAGAACGACAUACUGCGCCUGCUGCGUCUGUAUCUAUCGCUACAGCAGAACGACCUACUGCGCCUGCUGCGUCUGUAUCUAUCGCUACAGCAGAACGACAUACUGCGCCUGCUGCGUCUGUAUCUAUCGCUACAGCAGAACGACCUGCUGCGCCUGCUGCGUCUGUAUCUAUCGCUACAGCAGAACGACCUACUGCGCCUGCUGCGUCUGUAUCUAUCGCUACAGCAGAACGACCUGCUGCGUCUGUAUCUAUCACUACAGCAGAACGACCUACUGCGUCUGUAUCUAUCGCUACAGCAGAACGACCUACUGCGUCUGUAUCUAUCGCUACAGCAGAACGACCUGCUGCGCCUGCUGCGUCUGUAUCUAUCGCUACAGCAGAACGACCUACUGCGCCUGCUGCGUCUGUAUCUAUCGCUACAGCAGAACGACCUACUGCGUCUGUAUCUAUCGCUACAGCAGAACGACCUACUGCGUCUGUAUCUAUCGCUACAGCAGAACGACCUACUGCGUCUGUAUCUAUCGCUACAGCAGAACGACCUGCUGCGCCUGUAUCUAUCGCUACAGCAGAACGACCUACUGCGUCUGUAUCUAUCGCUACAGCAGAACGACCUACUGCGUCUGUAUCUAUCGCUACAGCAGAACGACCUACUGCGUCUGUAUCUAUCGCUACAGCAGAACGACCUGCUGCGCCUGCUGCGUCUGUAUCUAUCGCUACAGCAGAACGACCUACUGCGUCUGUAUCUAUCGCUACAGCAGAACGACCUACUGCGUCUGUAUCUAUCGCUACAGCAGAACGACCUACUGCGUCUGUAUCUAUCGCUACAGCAGAACGACCUACUGCGCCUGCUGCGUCUGUAUCUAUCGCUACAGCAGAACGACAUACUGCGCCUGCUGCGUCUGUAUCUAUCGCUACAGCAGAACGACCUGCUGCGCCUGCUGCGUCUGUAUCUAUCGCUACAGCAGAACGACCUGCUGCGCCUGCUGCGUCUGUAUCUAUCGCUACAGCAGAACGACAUACUGCGCCUGCUGCGUCUGUAUCUAUCGCUACAGCAGAACGACCUGCUGCGCCUGCUGCGUCUGUAUCUAUCGCUACAGCAGAACGACCUGCUGCGCCUGCUGCGUCUGUAUCUAUCGCUACAGCAGAACGACCUGCUGCGCCUGCUGCGUCUGUAUCUAUCGCUACAGCAGAACGACCUGCUCCAUCGUGGAGUUUCCUCUCAGCGACGGGUUUCUUCGAUCGAUAAAAACAUGCAGAAGGUUCCCUAA